UUCAACGACUAGCUGUAAAGGGUUUGGCCCACCCUUAGACAGCAGACUCACAGCUAUACUUACGCAAAGCAUACACCCAGUGGCUACGUUCCCGACAUGAUAUUGAACAUCGCUGCGGCGAGUUUCCACGCCAGUGUUGGAGCUAUCUCCGCGCUACGUGCCUAUGCCAUCAAUGGUCGGUCGGCAAGGAUUCCUGCAGGUAUCAUCACAUUAUCUCUUGUGGGAACCGGGAUAGACAUUUACAAGGCCUUCGGAAUAAUCAGGAUUACCGUACCCUCUCCAGUCGGUUGUGCGUUGCUAUGGGCCAACUCCAGCGCCGUCUUACAAGCGUUCCGAACAGCUCGUCGCCUGAAUUUCAAGCUUCCAACGACGACACUUAUACUCAGAGACGGUACAAUCUACUUCAGGUAGUAUCAUCAUUGUGCUUCUCAUUCUCAACGGUGUACUGAAUCAGCUCAAGGUAGGCAUAAUCAAAUCACGUCCCAUUCCCUUGCUUUACGAGUGCGGUAUCACCUUUUCAGAGCAACAGC